UUUCAAACGUCAUUCUAGAAAAUAAAAUGGCGGAUCGAAACGUAUUUUAGAGUUUUGUUGAAAAACGCCGCCGCAUUGCUGCGCUUUGUAAAGACUUGGCUGUUUCGAUAUUUCUGAUCUACAGCCGGCAAAUUCGCCGCCAAUGUCAAAUUUCCAUCCAAAUAUUAGGUAAAUUAUAUUGUUUUGGGGUCCUGUCUGUGACUAGAAUCACCAUGGAGCAAAUGGUUGUGAAGUCUGAAAUGCAGCCGAAUGACGAGAUCCUGCUAUUCUAUGUUGAUGAAAAUGGCGGCAAUGAAGAAGGGGUGGUCACCACCAUAGAGAACAUGGAGCAAGUGUCUGAUGGAUCUGUGCAGCAGAUCUACAUUGAGGAAGCGAAUGCCAUAGAAACCAUGAACGAAGAACUAACACCUGACGAGCCUGAUGAAGAGACUGGGGAAAAUUGGACACACUAUGAAAUAAAACGCCUGCUAGUCUUUUACAUUGACAAUAAAGAUGCUUUCAUCACAGGAGCUACACAGAAAGACUUCCUAUGGUCUGUGGCUUGCAAGACAAUGCUAGUAGGCAAGUCUCCAUACUCCUGCAAUUCAAAGCUGCAAGGUCUCAAAAAGGUCUAUGCAAAAUCCCUGUUUGACCAAAACAAGGGUGUAUCAGUAACAUGGCACUGGUUCGAAAUGGCACACCAAGCAUUCCAUGACGAUGAGUUUGUUGAAACUACUUUAAAGGAACUCGCCCAGCAGGAAAAGCUACAAGCUCAGGCAGUCUUCACACAGAGAAAGGUACAGGCAAACCGCUCCGUCGUAGACGAGAAGCUCAUGAUGGUGCUGAAACUCUACAUCAAACACAAGAAGAACAUCAAGAAUGUCCAGAAAGAGUUCUGGUCUCAGGGAAUUUGGGAGACCAUAGCCUUGGAAAUGGGGGAAGAUGAUGCUGAGUAUUGGCAUCGGCGCUUUCUGAACUUCAAGCAUAACUACAUUCGGUUGCUCGACAAACGAAGAGCGAAUGGGCCUCAAGGCAUCAACUGGCCAUACAUGGCGCUGUUUGAUGAGAUUUAUGCCAAUGAUGAAGAGUUCCAACAGAAGUAUCAAUACAGGCCAGAACCCCCAGUUGCGUCAGUAAAUGCUGGGCCGGUGGCCGUGCUGAAUCAGAAUCAAUGGAACGACACCGAAAACAUAGUGCUAGUCAAAUAUUGCUUUGACUGCUUUGAUGAAUUUCAGGACCCAACCAUACCGGAUAAUUUCCUAUGGAACGAAGUAGGUCGUUUACUCGAAAAGAACGCACAAACAUGCAAGCAGAAGUAUGAAGAGAUGAGAAACAAACAUUUAGACAAGUACAUAGCUGGAAGCUAUGAUAUGUCUAGCAGAGUUCCACUAGACAUCCUGUAUGACAAUCUAAUAAGCCGCACAAUAGAGGCAGAAAUGGUACAAUUGAUUAACACGAACAAGCCAGCAAGUGCAUUGACUUGGAAGACAGCAGAAAUAGACGAUCUGGCCCAAUUCUUCUACGACACUAUAGAAAUGUAUAAAGACCCCGUCUGCUACUAUGUUUGCUGGGCAGCCAUUGUUAAAAAGCUAAAGAAACCGCUGAAUAACUGUCGGACCCAAUGGCUGGAACUGGUCACUUUGUACAGGACGAUUUUGGAUGAUAAAAAGGAGAAUCCAGAUAUGCAGAUAGACUGGAGAUACAUAGAGCUGUUUGACAGAUUGUUUGACUAUGGCAUGGAUGAGAGGCUGCUUGAAGGAUAUGAAACUAUCAAAGCUAAAGAACAGACGGGUAAGAAGAGUACGGAGAAUACCAGUGCAGGCCAGAAGCCCCCCGCUUCCCCCCAGCAGUCAGCCCCCGGCUCCGACGACGAGGAGUCCCCCGCGGGCCGCCGCGCCGCCGGGGACGCCAAGGCGUUCCAGAUACUAGAGUUCUACCAGAAGAAUAAGGACAAAUUCAAAACGUCGUCGCGAAAGCAAGCGCUAUGGGAGAUCCUCGCCAAACAAAUAGGCAUGAACGCGACCCGAUGCGCUCACAGGUUCAGAAACCUGAAGCAGGUCUACACUGGCUACAUACAGAGGGAAAUCAACAAACCCGAAAUGCCCAUAGUCUGGCCCUACUACCAACUCUGCAAAAAGGUAUUCGGCUAUCGCGCCCUGAAAUCCAAGCUGAAAAACCACAAAAUGGAUUCGGACGGCGAAGAAGAGUGGUCCGCGAAGGAAAUCAAACAGCUGAUUAACUAUUUCUCGGAUAAUUUCGCUACAAUCAGCGAAAACCCCUCAGAAUUGGACGUAUGGGGCGUUUUGAGUUCCCAAACGGGCAAGUCGGCUAGUGCUUGCCGGGACAAGUUUAUGGAGCUGAGAAAGUCGUAUAGGAAGCUAAAGACUAUGAAGUCUAGGAAUGCUGCGGUGAAAGUUACAUGGAAGUAUUUCAACAAGUUCGAUGACAUAUACAGGGCGCACGAAAAUGGCGUUGAGCAACCUAUGGAAGUAGAGGAGCUGGAUGAUUAUGAAAUGGUAGCCGUCGAUGAAGACUUCAGCAAAGAAUUACAGGAUGAUGACGACAUCCAAUGUAUCUUCGUAAUACCGGAAGGGCAAGACAUCAAUGAUUUUAGCAAUGCACAAAUGACAACCCAAGAUGCAACGCAAGAAAAUGGCGUACAAACAGAGGCAGCCACAGAAACAGAUACACAGACAGAUACACAACAAACAGAACCUCCAAAGAAAACUCUGACAACUUGGACAAAGAAGAGCAAAAAACGCAUGUUGCUAUUACAUUAUAACUAUCUUAAAUCUCACAAGGGACAAGAAAUAUUACCGUCUGAUAUGUGGAAAGAAAUAGCUGAACAACUAACUGAUAAGACCCCUUUAUCCUGCAGAAAAAUGUUUGCCAAACUAAAGGCAAACCGCCUAGAAGCGAAAGAUGAAGACGUCAAAAAGAAAACCCCAUACUUUGCAAUACUAGAGAAAAUACUAGCUCUAAAACCUAAAUUCAGGAAAAAGGCUCAAGAAAACGAUAGUUUGAAGAAAGGUGAAAAGGUUUAUAAAGAUGUACCGAUGCCGAGUGAGAAAGUGCAGCAAGCUUUAGAGUUUUACUUGCAGAAUAUCGAAGAAUUCGUCAGUCCCAGGUUCGAAAAGAAAUACGCGUGGUCCAACCUUUCGAAAGCCGUCGGCGAGCCCGUCAGCAAAGUCUUCAAUAAAGUUAAUUACUUAAAAAACCAAAGUAAUAACACUGAGGAGCAAGAUUCUCCGUACAAGAACUUGUUGCAACAGAUUUCAGCUAAAGAAGCUGUUAUAAAACUGGACGCAAGCGAAGGAAAAUCCGUACUAGAACAAGACAUGGAUGACUUGGCCGCAUGGAGCGACGACGAAAUCGAGCAACUUCUAAUCUGGUACUUAGCUAACCUGGACAAGUUUAAGAAUCCCAAAUACGUGCGGAAAUACUUGUGGUUGGAGUCCUCCAAUAUUUUGGCUAAGAGUCCUCUGGCUUGCUCUAAGAAGAUGAAUGAAAUUAGGACUGAAUACAGGAACAUGGUGCGUGAAGGGCCGGAACAGCUCAGCACCUGGAGGUUCUAUGAGCUGUGCCAGAAGAUCUACGGGACCGGCAAGCAAAAGACACAAGAAUAGGUAUCUAAAAUGGUUAGUUAGAACCUUCUUAGCUGAUGUCCUUGUCGUACCAAACCAGAAGGGCUAGCACGGGGCGCAAGAUGCGCACGUCAAGACGUGAGUUUUCCGUCGCACUCGUUCUCGAAGUCGCGUGAUGUGAAUGAACGCGAUGAACAACUUUUCACGUCUUGGUUUCUUGCGCUCCGUGCUUGGCCUUCUGGAAUAGACAUCCAAAUAAAAUGUGAAAUCAUACUUUUAACAAAAUCCUGGCAUAAUAUGCUGCCUUGAUUUUUACCGACAAAGGUAUAUUUUUACAUUUACUUAUUUAAUUCAGUGGUCAUACCACGAAUAAUUUUAACACGACUUGUCGAUACGUUGCGUUGCGAUACUGAAAUUAAUGAAAGGCAUACAAAUUA